CAUUUUAUUUUUUAUAGAAAGAGGUUCCAGCACUCAAGUUUUCAUCAAGUUCUAACCUUUAUCAUAGAAGGCUGUGUUUCCCCUCUUCCUGAUCUGGCAAAGGCCGUCACAUCCUUUAACGCGCAAGCGCACAUCCCCCCCGCGACAUGCGCACUGUUAUCUCCAGUCCAAAAGCGAAUAGAAUGGACGCUUCUUACUCUCUUUCUCUGCCGCCGGAAAGCGAAGGACGCAAAGGUUGAUGGGAAUGCAGGGGGCAUCCAGAAUGGCUGAAUAAAAAAAGAAAGAAGAUCAUCAUCAGGGGAUGAUGGGCAUCAUUCACUCUCUUUCUCUGUGAAUUUGUCAUGGCUUGUGUGGCUUGUCCCAACACCGAAUUCCCCUUCUUGGCAGACAGGCAUGCUCAUCUUAUACUGGCCCAGAUCAACAAGAUGAGAUGUGGGCAGCACUUCUGUGAUGUGCAGCUCCAGGUCGAUGAAGAAGGAUUUAAAGUUCAUCGGCUUGUCUUGGCUGCAAGCAGCCCUUAUUUUGCAGCUCUCUUUGCAGGAGGGAUGAAAGAGUCUUCAAAGGAUGUUGUGCAGAUCCUGGGUGUCAAUGCUAACAUCUUUCAGAUCCUCUUGGACUUCAUUUACACAGGCAUAGUCAGCAUCGGCAAGAGUAAUGUGCAGGAGCUGAUUGUGGCAGCAGACAUGUUCCAACUCACGGAAGUGGUGGACCUUUGCUGCGAAUUUCUAAAGGGGCAGAUUGAUCCUUCAAAUUGCAUUGGACUCUUCCAGUUCUCUGAGCAAAUUGCCUGUCAUGAUCUGCUGGAAUUCACAGAGAAUUACAUCCAUGCCCACUUCCUGGACAUCCAUAAUGGAGAGGAAUUCCUGGCCCUGACAAAAGAUCAGCUUAUUAAGAUCUUGCGAAGUGAGGAACUGAGCAUAGAAGAUGAGUACCAGGUUUUCACAGCUGCAAUGCAGUGGAUUCUGAAGGACCUGGGGAGAAGGAAGAAAUAUGUGGUAGAAAUACUGGAUACAGUUCGAUUUCCACUGCUACCCUCACAAAGGCUUUUAAAAUACAUAGAAGGUAUUCCUGAUUUCAGUCUUCGAGUGGCCCUUCAAACCCUUUUAAAAGAAUACUGUGAAGUGUGUAAAUCUCCGAAAGAGAGCAAGAUUAGCAGUUUCCUGCAGGCAGCGAAGGCACGUCCCCGGAGGAAAGCCAGGAAGUACCUUUAUGCAGUCGGUGGAUAUACUCGCUUACAAGGUGGGCGUUGGAGUGACAGCAGAGCUCUCAGUUGUGUGGAGCGUUUUGACACUUUCAGCCAGUACUGGACUACUGUGUCUUCCUUACACCAGGCUCGCAGCGGGCUGGGAAUAGCAGUCGUCGGCGGAAUGAUCUAUGCUAUUGGAGGUGAAAAAGACUCCAUGAUUUUUGACUGUACUGAACGUUACGAUCCCAUUACCAAACAGUGGGCAGCUGUAGCUUCCAUGAACCAUCCUCGUUGUGGACUAGGAGUGUGUGCUUGUUAUGGGACCAUCUAUGCUUUUGGAGGCUGGGUUGGAGCAGAGAUUGGUACCUCAAUUGAACGUUUUGAUCCUGAUGAGAAUAGCUGGGAAGUGGUGGGCAGCAUGGCUAUGCCACGGUACAAUUUUGGGUGCUGUGAAAUGCAAGGUUUAAUUUAUGUUGUUGGUGGCAUUGGUAAUGAAGGAAUAGAACUGUGUUCUGUCGAAGUUUAUGACCCAAUAUCUAAGCGCUGGUCUGCACUCCCUGAAAUGGGCACCAGAAGGGCAUAUCUGGGUGUGGCUGCGUUGAAUGACUGUAUCUAUGCUAUUGGAGGAUGGAAUGAGACUGAAGAUGCCCUUCCAAGUGUUGAGAAAUACUCUUUUGAAGAGGAGAAAUGGGUAGAAGUUGCUUCAAUGAAGGUGCCAAGAGCUGGAGUAUGCGUUGUAGCUGUGAACAGCCUCCUUUACGCCACAGGAGGAAGGACUGCCAGCUAUGAUUCAGCUGCUCCAGUAACUUCGGAUUCUGUGGAGGUUUAUAAUCCCCAUAUGGAUACUUGGACUGAAAUUGCUAACAUGAUCACCAGCCGUUGUGAGGGAGGUGUGGCAGUUCUGUGACGAAUACAGUACUUAAAAAAAACACUUAAAAUUGGGGAGUGAAUUUUUACAUGUUCUGGAAAAGGUGAUAAAUUGGGCACCUUUAAGAAAGAUUGUCUGAAGUUAAGAGAGACUUCCAAAAUGUUCACUGGCUCUGCUUGAAACCCUUAUGCUUCACUGUGGAGUACAGACUUCAUGGCUAAUUCUGGCUGCUGUCCUUGACACAUGGGAAACCCUCUGCUGUUUGUCAUAUCCCAGGAUGCAAUCAGAAUGUGGUUGGACUUGCUGUCUUUGAAGCAGAGAAAGUUGAAUUUAACCUAACCACAUGACUUCAUGUUGAAGCAAACAGUUAAAAGUAAUAGCACUGAUUUUAUCUAUAUAUAUGCACACAUACUAUAAAUGAGUUGGAUGGAAGAGGGAAGUAGCAGUAGCAAGACAACCCAUCAUCAGAUGGUGGGUCGCCUGUGCACCUGUUAUAUCAAAAAUGCCUUUUCCCUCUCUAUAGCUUGGCCCAUGCAAUUACAUCUGUCUGCAGGCAUCUCUAUUUACAGAUGAGUACUGAACAUGCCACUGGAAAAUACAGAUGGCUGCCUUACAGUCAGGUAGGUGGGUUGUAUGGGUAAAUGCUCACUAGAAAGAAAUGGCAUAGGUAUGUAAGGCUCAUAUCUGGAAUAUGAGAAUUCCCCAUCUAAGAAUUUCCCUAUACUUUUAAAGGCAAUGGUAACACUCCACAAAUUGUUUAAAAUGCUCUAUAUGUAAUUUUUGCCCCAUUCUAAUCACUUUUACUUGGAAGUAAGGCCUGUUGAUUUAUCUGAAACUUAGUUCAAAUUAAGUAUGCUUAGUAUCUUAGAGGACUUUGAAAGUCAUUUUGUACACAGCAGAUUGUUAUUGUUCAUUUUUUUAAGUAGGCAAAACAAGCUGCUCUUUGAACUAUUGUGUUGAACAUUCAGAACAAAUGAGAGGGAGGCAGACUCUUUGGAAUGUGUAUUCAUUCAUUAAUCAAAGACAUCUUCUCUAUUGCAAGUCCAGCAUAAUGGAAAGGCUUAAAGUAUGUUGGUACAUGUGUUCUCUAGACAAAAAAAAUAUUAUCUGAUGUUUGGAAGCUGAGUGUAUUAAACAUACCCAGUAUAAGUUAUGUGAUCAUACCAGUUAAGAAUUUAAACACAAAGUUAAAAAAAAACUGUAUUGUCAAGGUUUGGGUUAAGAGUGACAUGAUUACACUCCUUAUCUUUUCAAUUCAAAUUCCAUUUGUAUUCUUAAAAGCAUUCUAUUAAACAUAACCCUAAAACAAGAACUUUUGUGUGUUCUUAAAAAAUGCUAGAACUGUUUUGCAUUGAUUGUUUGUUAGUACAGCAAGCCGAGAUCCAAUACCCAGUACAAUGAAUGAAGAUACUUUCAAUAUUGAUCAACGUGAGAGAGGAAUAGCUUACACCAUCAGUUAUAAAACUAUUGAUUAAACUACAAAAAAGUAAA